UAGGUGAGCCACCCACAUUACUUGACUCCCCCUCUUUCUAGAUGCCCAACUCCCUCAUAAAUGCGUUAAUACUCUCUAGUUCUUCCGAUUCUAAUUCUACCGCGACUAAAGCUCAUUUUAGCUAACCAUAAGUCAAAAUUCAUGGCGAAUUCAACCCUAAAAUCUGCUGCGUUACUUGAUCAGAUGAAGCUUCAUCUUGCUACUGAUGCUGGUAAAGACCUCGUUAAAAAGAUUGGUCUCGUUUAUCAAAUCAACAUCGCUCCUAAGAAAAUGGGAAUUGAUGAAGAAAGCUUUGUUGUUGACUUGAAGAAAGGAGAAGUUACUAAAGGGCCAUGUGAAGGAAAACCAGAUGCUGCCUUUUCCUUCCAGGAUGAUGAUUUUCUUAAGGUUGCCACUGGAAAAAUGAACCCUCAAAUUGCGUUUAUGAGGGGGAAAAUGAAAGUUAAGGGUAGCUUGAGUGCUGCACAGAAGUUUACUCCUGACAUUUUCCCAAAGCCUUCAAAAAUGUAAGUGGGGAAAACAAACAAUGAUAGUUAUAAUCUUUUAAAUAAAAUUUGUUUUCCGAGAUCAUCAAAGGUAGAUGUCUAUGGAUGAAUCAUCGGUUCAUUUGUAAUGCUUGUUGUAGUAGAACUAGAAAGAAGUCUGUAACAACAUUUCUUAGUUAAUCCAAUAAUGAAGACCCCGCAAGUUCUUGUGUUGUGGUAUAUCUUUGUUACUGA